AUGACUACGACAUGGAGCUCUCAAGAGAAAGGAAAACUUCCUGCACAACCUCAACCCAAUCCACAAAGUCAGCCACCACAAAGGGCAGUUGAGAGUUCAAAUGUGAGGCAAGUGAAGGCGGUCACCACUUUGAGAAAUGGUAAGGUGGUGAACAUUCCGGCUCAAGGUUCAGACAAGGCUGGUAAGGUCUCUAAACCUAUACAAAAUGAGGCUGAAAAUGGUGAGUUUGAACAAAAUGAAACUGAAACUGAAAAGAUUUCAUGUCCUGUACCUGCUCCUUUUCCUCAAAGAUUGGUUCCUCUGCACAAAGACAAACACCAAUCUGAAAUUUUAGAAAUAUUCAAGCAUGUGAGGAUUAAUAUCCCUUUGUUGGAUGCUAUACAACAAAUUCCUGCAUAUGCUAAGUUUCUAAAAGAUUUGUGUACGGUUAAAAGAAAAUUAAAUGUGCAGAAGAAAGCUUUUCUUACUGAGCAGGUCAGUGCCAUAAUUCAGAGCAAUACCCCACCAAAAUAUAAAGAUCCCGGUUCACCAACAAUUGCUUGUGUUAUAGGAAGUUCAAAAAUUGGUCAAGCAUUGUUAGAUCUUGGUUCAAGUGUGAAUUUACUGCCUUAUAAUGUUUAUGAGCAACUUGGUUUGGGGGAAUUAAAACCAACUCCUAUCAUUUUACAACUAGCGGAUAGGUCUAUUAAAAUGCCAAGAGGAGUUGUUGAGGAUGUCUUGGUUCAAGUGGAUAAAUUCUUUUAUCCCGUUGAUUUUGUUGUGUUGGAUGUUCACUUGACACCAAAAUCUUCUUUUCAAGCACCUGUGAUUCUUGGGAGACCUUUUCUUGCUACUUCAAAUGCAUUAAUAAAUUGUAGGAGUGGUGUUUUAAAGCUGAGUUUUGGGAACAUGACCCUUGAACUAAACAUUUUCAAUAUUUGUAGGCAAUCUCAAGACUUGGAAGAUGUACAAGAAGUGAAUUUGUUGGAAAGCAUCCUUGAGGAGGAGACUUAUUUGGCAUACCAGCCCACUAACCUGUUUGAGUUAGAUGAUGUUUCUCAUGUUUUUAAUGCAGAAAAUAAAUUGGAGACUAAAUGGAGGCCAAAGAUUGAGCAACUCCCACCGUUGACAGCAAAUGAAAUUCCAAUACUAGAGCUGAAGCCAUUGCCAAGUAACUUGAAAUAUGCAUUUCUGGGACCGGACAACACCUUCCCAGUGGUGAUUUCAGCCCAACUCUCUCAUGACCAAGAAGGGAAAUUGAUGGAAGUCUUAAAGCAACACAAAGGUGCCAUUGGGUGGAAAAUCGCAGAUAUAAAAGGUAUAAAUCCUCUUGUGUGCACUCAUAGGAUUUAUUUAGAAGAAAAUACUAAAGUCUCUAGGGAGAUGCAAAGGAGAUUAAAUCCUACCAUGAAAGAGGUGGUAAAAACAGAGAUUUUGAAAUUACUUGACGUGGGAAUCAUAUACCCUAUUGCAGACAGCAAGUGGGUAAGUCCCAUUCAUGUAAUACCAAAAAAAUCUGGGCUUACCAUUGUGAAAAAUGAGAAAGAUGAACUGAUUCCUACUAGGAUUUCUACUGGUAUUGAGGUUGAUAAAGCUAAGAUUGAACUUAUUUCCAAGCUUCCUAUACCCAAAACAGUGAAAGAAAUCAGAUCAUUUCUUGGGCAUGCUGGGUUUUAUAGGCGAUUCCUUCAAAAUUUUAGUUCUAUCUCUAAGCCCUUGUGUGAGUUACUUGUGCAUAAUGUUGCUUUUGAAUAG